AUGCUAGCUUCGCCUGCCACGAUUGGGACCGUCGUCGAGGCUCUGAAGAGGCAUCGCGUGCCGAAGAUUGUUGUUGACCCCGUCAUGAUUGCGACCAGCGGCGCGGAGCUUCUCCCGAGAGAUGCCGUUGCUGAGCUGCUUGAGGGCUUGUUGAAGGUUACGACGGUUCUUACGCCAAACAUCCCUGAGGCCAAGUUGCUUCUGCAGGAUGCUGGGUUUGAGGGCGCCGAGGUUGCUUCCGUGGCGGAUCUGGAGGAGAUGGCGCGGAAGGUGAAGGGUCUUGGACCCGAGUGGGUGCUUGUCAAGGGCGGGCAUGCGCCGUUCAAGGCGGACUUCACCGUUGCGAAGACGGAGGAAGAGAAGGAGGUUGUUGUGGAUGUGUUGUAUGGCGAGGGAGGCUUCGUGAGGAUCGAGAGCCCGUAUCAAGCGUCGAAAGACACGCAUGGUACUGGCUGUUCGCUUGCAUCUGCUAUUGCGUCGGGCCUCGCAAAGGGGUUGAGCGUACCCGAAGCUGCGAGGGCUGGGGUGAGGGGACGGUUCAUCGAGUACAUGCUGGCAAGGCCUGAUGUCAAGGACGUAUGGUCAGAGUUUGUGUACCAUCCCUUCGUUAUGGCUAUGGGCGAUGGGACGCUACCUUUGGAGUCAUUCAAGAAGUAUCUUAUCCAGGAUUACCUCUAUCUGGUUCAUUUCGCCAGAGCCAACUCCUUGGCAUCUUACAAGGCGAAGAACAUUGCGGACAUCUCAGCAGGUGCCAGCAUUGUCAGCCAUAUCGCCCGCGAGAUGUCUCUGCACAUCGAUUACUGCAAGGGCUUCGGAAUCACAGUGCCCGAAAUUGAGGCCACCGAAGAGCACCAAGCAUGCACGGCUUACACCCGCUACGUCCUCGAUGUCGGACAAAGCGAGGACUGGAUCGCCCUACAGAUGGCCCUGGCUCCUUGUCUAUUGGGCUACGGUGCCGUGGCUAAACAGCUACACGGCGAUGUCAAGACAAAACGGGACGACAACACGUACUGGAAGUGGAUCGAGAACUAUGUGGCCGAUGACUACGUCCAGGCCGUGAAGACGGGCUCUGAGUUGAUUGAGAGACAUGCCGUUUUGCAAAGUCCUUCCAGCAUAGAACGUCUGAUCAAGAUAUUUAUUCAUGGAACCAAGAUGGAAAUCGGCUUCUGGGAAAUGUUCCCUUACCGAUGA